AUGAAGGGAAACGUGGGAAGCAACAUGUACCGGGCAUCAAGGGGUGAGGGCAAUGAGCUUCCCAAACUGGGUGUUCUUCGAAGCAACCGCCCAUGCCUCGUCAAUCUCAUCAAACUUGAACCUGCCAACAACCUCAACGCCAGUCUCCGGUCCAAGCCUCAGCACGCCAGACUCGGCCAUCUUGACAAUCUGUUGGGCGUCAGCCCUGUCAUACAUGUAUUGCCCCUUGACCGUCAAGCUCUUCCAUACAAUCAUGGCAUACGUUACCGAGAGACCCUCUGGGAGCACGCCCAUAAGCGAGGCCCUCCCAUAGUUCCUCAAGGCCUUGAAGCAGCUGCCCACAUGGGUGCUUCCUGUUGCAGCAGCCGGACUGAUAUCAAGAAUCUCCAUAUUUCUCCCCAUGACAAUGACCUGCCCGGCCCCCAUCGCGACAGCAACCUCUACCGCAGCACCGCCAAACUGGCCCGUAGCCGGCGCAACAAUCACCCUCUCCCCCGCCCGCAGCCCGAUACCCUUCCACCCCCCCAGCACAACAAGCUGCACAGGCAGCUGCAACAGAUUCUCGACACUGUAACCCAACCCACCAUCCCCCUUUGGCUUACAAAGCCUCUCCUCAUCCAACGGCUCGACGUUCUCCAACGGUGCAAGGAUAUACUCGGCAUAAGAGCCAUUCUUCCAGUUCUUCUCGAUCCACUCCCUGCUGGCGGGCACUCCGCCGUCAAAAGAGCCCCAAACAGCUUGGAUCUCGUCCGGGUUGUCCCUCGCCCGGAGAAAGGACUGGAUCAUGACGAGCUUGCCGACGGGGAGGGAGGUGGUGUCCGGGCCGGGCUGGACUACGCGGCCGAUGGCGUACCCCCCGCCGAGGAUCAUGUCGGGGGGAAGGGUGAAACCUACUUUUCCAGAGUAGAUGUCGUAGACCUUUUGGGAAACCUGGGCGGCGAGGACGCGGAUUAGGACGGAGCCGGGGACCACGGUGGGGACGGGGACGGUGCGGAGGGUGAUUUGAGGAUCGGGGGAGAUGGUGGGGAGGUGGAGGGCGCGCAUGUGGGUUGGGAGGGACAUUUUGGUGUUGUGGUUUUGUUUGUACGUAUGAGUGACAAAGUCUUGUCUGAUGUGUUUAGACUCUUGUUUGUUGGUGAGAGAUACCUGGCGUACCUUGCUCGCAACAACAGUUUCGAGGACCUUCCUUUUAUACCCCAUCAUCCUGCCAAGGUGCUGCCAUGUUGUUGUCGUUUUGCCGGCGCGAUGGCUUUCCUUCUG